AUGGCUGCUGCUACUCAAACGGAGGAGGAGGACUAUGUGCCACUCAAACUUGUGCUGAAUGAAGAGAGGAGCAAAGUCUUAUUUGCAGAAGCAGGCAAAGACUUUGUUGAUGUUCUUUGUAGCUUCUUAACGUUUCCAUUAGGAACUAUCGCAAGACUUGUUCAAAAAGAGUCGAACUUGGAACCAGUUACAGUUGGUUGUUUGAACAAACUCUACCAGAGUGUGGCAGAUCUUGACAAAGAGUGUCUGACAAAGGAAAUAAUUAAAGAAAUGUUAUUGAAUCCAAAUUAUUCACUGGAAGAUUAUUGCAGCACUCUUAAACUCAACAUUGAUGACACCGAGCCCCUAAAGUACUAUAUGUGUACUUCCGAAAGUUUUGCAUCUCCUUGCGAUUGCAAAGAAAUGUUAACCACUUCCACGGCAUGUCUUGAUUGUAAGUUCCGUACGACCCCUGUCGUUAUUCUCAAUAAAGAAUGCAAUAAUGGAUUUGUUAAUGAUGGUGCAACUUUUAUUAUUACCGAUGAUUUAAGGGUCAUACCAAACUCCAUGGAUAUUACAACCUUUGUUAUGCUUCAGAAUUUGGGAUUGAAAAACACAAGUUCACUUAAAGAAAUGACCGUCAAUGUCACAAAAGAGAAGGUACUUGAUCUGCUGAAGUGCUCAUUAGUUUCUAAGUCUACUCUCACGUAUUUGUUUUUAGGAAUCAAACCAACCCUUGGAAGGGUAUCAAAUAAUUUUUCUUGUGGUGUUGAAAUCAAUGAUGAUAUUCAAAUCACAGUGAAGUUGGUUAUAAGAAAAACAGAUGGAAAGAUAUUAUAUGCUCAAGGGGGUCAUGAUUUUGCAGACUUUCUUAUAAGUUUUCUCACAUUUCCUUUGGGGGGAGUUGCACGUAUGUUUGGAGGAAAUUUUGCUCUAGGUUGUAUUGAUGUUCUAUACAAUAGCAUAACUACUUUGGAUGAAAACAUGUAUUUUUUGACACAAGAGGCUAAGAAUAGGAUUGUUGAUCCUCAUUUGGCCCCACAUUUUGGACUAAGCAAGCAGAUUUUACCAAUUUGUCAGGCGCGUUCUUGGUUUUAUUGUCACGACGACUAUUAUAUAACCUGUAAAAGUACUUAUGUUUCAAACUUUUUUGGUGAAUCAAUGGAUAGGAAAACAGUUUGGGUUGAGAGUAUUGUUAACAAUUAUGUUAAGGGACCAAGAACUUACAUUGUCACAGAUGACUUGGUUGUCACAGAAUGUUCUCCAACUUCAGUUUUACGUUUAAUCAACCAUUUUGAAACUCCUCUUAAAGAUUUGAAGGAAAAGGUUAUCAACAUUGGUGCUAAUGAGUGUUUGAGCAUAUUGAAGGCAUCUUUAACCUCGACAUCAGCUCUAACAAAUGGUCUUGGUCAUUUGGUUGUUUAG